CACAUCAUCCAGUACCCAGAAAACACCUGACAUAGCCAAUAGCACCUGACGCCGGUGGUGUCUGGCGAUGGAUUCGCACGUAAUUCCGAACAAAAACCACUUAUCUAUCGCGCAAGUUUUUCGCAAAUUUUCCUGUCCCGAAGGAAACAAUGAAACAUUGCAAGUGGACUGCUGAAUUAUAUAUGAAGCAGAAGGUGAGACCUUCGAGAGGGAUUCAUCUUUCUGUUGUCUACGAACCACCGUCGAGUGAAGAAGCUUCUUCAAGAGUAGAGAUAAUAUUAGAACAUUCGCACUUCCAGAUGAAGAAAGUAGAUAUUUUUGCAAAUGGAUAUUACAAAAAUAAUAGGAUCCUUAUGACAUUAAUUGGACUAUGGCCCGAGUCGACGAUGAGGGAGAUCAUUUGUGUGCGGAUUAGUGUGGCGAUCUUGUUGGUUUCCAUAAUGAUACCUCAGUACACUUAUCUCUUCAGGAAAUGCGAUAACUUGGAUGACAUGAUAUUUGGAAUAAUAGCGCAAAUAUCAAUAAUAGUUGCAUUUACCAAAUAUUACUUUGUGGUGAAGAACAUGGAACGGAUCACAAUGGUUCUUAGGCAAAUUCGGGAGGAUUGGAGUCUUCUGGAGGACUCACCACCGAUUAGAACUCUCCAGACCUACGCGGGAAGAGGAGCUUUUGGAACAAGAAUUUAUAUGACUGUAAUUUUUUCCUCAGCCUCAUUCUUUUCCAUUGUUCCAUUGAAAGAGGGAAUUUUGGAUAGGCUGUUGCCUCUUAACGAAUCGAGGCCUAAAGUUUUCAUGCUAGAUGCGGAUUAUUCCGUCUAUGGAAUUGAUGCCAAUAAAUUGUUUCUCCCUACUCUGAUACACUCCUACUUUACUAGCAUGAUCGUCAUGAAUAUGAUUGUUUCCAUCGACACAUUCAUCCUGAUAAUUGUGGAACAUUGUUGUGGGUUGUUCAAAGUUGUGGGAAUUCUACUGAACGAAACAGAACUCCACGAGUCUUGGAAUGUUCAGUGCGACAUAAUUGGCAACGCUGUAGUUAUACAUCACCGAGCUCUUUUAUUGGCAGAAUUUAUUGAAUCUUCCUUCACGAUGAUGUAUGCUUUUGUCGUCUUGAUUAGCAUGCUAUUAAUCAGCAUCACCGGACUGGAAUCGAUCAUAAAAAUCAAUGAACUAGCAGAAGUGACAAGAUUCAGUGCAUUUUUAGGCGGUCAACUGACCCACCUGCUGUUCAUGAGUCUGCCAGGUCAAGAACUACUCGAUCAUAGUAGUCAAGUAUCCGAAGACGUUUACGGUUGUAAUUGGUCCGGCAUAUCUCCCGUUGGCAAAAAAUUAAUAUCGAUUAUGCUGAUGCGGAGUAUGAAACCAUCAGGAAUGACGGCUGGAGGAUUCUAUGCUCUUAAUUUGGAGAAUUAUGCUAAUGUGUUGAGAACAUCGUUCUCGUAUUUCACUGUGAUGCUUUCCAAUCGAUAAUCGUCUUGCUCUGAAUAGAUUGUUUUAUUGACUUAUUGAAUUACAAUAUAUUUAUCGUUAUGGAUGAAA